CCCAAAUCCCAACCGAACCCAAAUUUCAAAACUGUGCUGCGCCGCCAUCUGGAACAACCUUAGCUCGGUAACUCCCGCAGACCCGUACCAACCGUCACCAACAGCAAUCAUCCAUCAAUGGCAAGCCUGCCAUUGACAGGGCCUGACCCAUCGCCGACAUCGCCGCCAUCCCCGCCAUUGCCGUCAUCGCCACUUCUACGCCUCACGCCGCACAUUCGACAGCGCAUCUACCGCUAUCUUGGGUUGGCAUCAUGGAACGGCCGACCCUACACCUUCUACCUGCACGCCGGCCACCUCAAACUGCGCCAGAGGUGGGCUCUUGAUCUUGGCUUCGACUCCCUGCCAAACCCGGAUCGCUUCCACGGCCUGCUCCUUUCUUGUCGCGUCAUCCACGCCGAAGCGGCUGCUCUUCUCUACUCGGCCAACCACUUCGUCCUUUACUAUUUCAACCCGCCCGAUGACCUCGGUCAGCUUACGCCGUCUACCUCGUCCCGCCCUCUGCAUACUCUACACGCUCUGACCGCGUCGUCACUCCGGUCCCUCUCUAGUCUCAAGGUAGUUCUCAACGAGGCGGCCUGCCACCGGCUGACGCUAUACGACACCGGCAGUUGUUGCUUCGAUGGUUGCGAAAAGUCCGAUUCCGACACUCCGCCCUUGUGCAAGCAGAACCACCAAGGCCUGCACCAGCUUCCCCUCCUAAGUCCGGUGUCCGUAGGCGACUACUACAACAACAAGCGGGCGGCAACCCACUCUAUCCUGGAGGAAUGGCACUCGGCGGCAGCUCGUCUGCUAUCUCAUGUUGCUCCUGGGCGCCUCGCUCUCUCUGUGGUUUGCGAUAUCGACCCCAAACACCCGCGGUCGUUGGAGGUAGCAAAUGCCGUCGUUGCACCUAUCCGGUUACUCCCCCCAUCUCAUCUAAAGGAAUGCCGUAUUCGCCUUGCCAAAACGGCGGAUACUCGGCUUCGGCAGCUCGCUGAGGAUACCGUCUCCUAUACCUGUGGAAUCCCUACCAUAUCCCUGAAGCCGCCGUCAAGUAUGGCGACCACCCUAGCAACUCUCCCGCGCGAGCUCCGCAUCCGGAUCCUUGAGUAUACCGACCUUGUCACUCCGAGGAGACAGGUGAUAUGGUCUAGACAGGACCAUGCAUAUACGGUAUGGUCCUUUUCCUGCGACCCCGACGCCUCUCCCGACGAUCGCCAUGGUGAUCAGUUCUCUCAAUGUUGGCGUGAUAGCUAUGAGCGCUGCCGAUCCAUCAACGGCUGCUUUUGCCGUCGUCGCCAUGCCGCGUUUUCCCUAGGGUGCAAGUGCUGGGCUCCGCCGGGACCUGCCCUGUUCCUCUUGUCCCGCGCUUUAUACCAGGACGCCCAGUUCGUCUUCUUCUCCAGUAAUCGUUUUAUCGUCCACGACUACAAGAUAUCCCCCCCUUGGGUAUUACCGGUCCUUGAGCUGUCCGACGUAGAAGACCCAGACGCGCCCGUCCCUGUAUAUCCCUACCCAAACGCGCGAUUUGCCGCCUCCGAGUUUCUACGAGAAGUCGUCCCUACAUCUUCCCUCGCCCAUCUCCGAUUUCUAGAGCUGGUCUUUCCCCUUUACCUACCAUCUAGCUGGCCCGAGACCCGGCACCCUACGAUGCAGGACUGGUGGGCAACGGUCGAUUGGCUCCAGGACAAGGUCAAUCUCGCGGCGCUCACGGUACGAUUGAUGGUGGUUGGACCGAACGACGCUCCGGAUUCUUACUACCGGAUCAGGACAGUCGUGGAAGGCGCGGCGGUAAUGACGGCCUUUCAAGAUAUCACGCGACCCCUGAGGCCGUUGGCCGACCAUGGGCUCGCUGCGUUUUACGCCCACUUCCCUUACCCUUGGGAGUGGACUGAGGAGUCGAGAGACCGCCGCAUGACCGGACUGGGCUGGUUGCGCAAACAGGAGAAGGCCCUCAAGAAGCGUGCCGAGUUCAACGUUAUGAGCGGUCGGUACGAAAGCCUCUAUGCAAACGGCAGGGAAGAACCGAAACUCAGCGAUUGGGCCUGGUUGGAAGGCCAUUGAUAUUAUUGAUGGAUGGGCUGGAGCAUCAAGGAAGCAAUGACCGCAUCUCCACACACGCAAUUCAAUUCAAAUCUUGGUCCGUUUUCAAGCGCCCGAACAGAGGUACGUACCGCGAUCGUUUCAAGUCCUCAACC